CAAACAUUGACAAAUUUGAAGCAUCUGUUAGUGGUGUUAUUGUGAAAUUAAUUAACGAAAAAUGACUUAAAAGUUUCUUUAUUUGGUAAAAUAACAAGAUUUGUCACAACUUGAAUGACAUAUUUCCAAAAUGUUCCAAUGGAAUUGCUGCAGAACAUGUUUGUGUGAAGAAUCUUUGAGUCCAAUAUUUUCAUUACCAGAACAUCAUGAAAAGUACACUAACAUUGUGUACAUCGCUACCGGAAUUAAGAUUGACAUAAACGACAACCUGCCAAAAGAAAUGUGUUCAAAUUGCAUAAACUUUAUAAACGAUGCGUAUAAAUUCCGUAAAAAAUGCGACGAGACGCAAAAACUGUUGCAAACCAAGUUAGAAGAGAAACAACACUGCAUCAAAGUAGAGAUACAGCCGUAUAACGGAGAACAAACUGCAGUGCUGGACAUCACAGACUUGUUGCCUCCUGAAGAUGAUUAUAAAGACUAUGAGGAAAAUGUUAACGAAUAUGAUAAUAAAUCUAACCCAAUCGAAGAGCAAGUAGAGGAAACAGAGUUUGUAACAAGAGUUCAAGACAUUGUUGAUAAGCCAAUAGAAAUAAUCUUUAAUAAUAGGAAAAAAGGUAGAAGCAAGGAGAAGGCAGUCAAGAAGAGAGUAAAGGAAGAUAAAAAGGAAGUUAAGAAGAGCGAGAGAGUAAAAGAGGAGAUAGAGUGUGAAUAUUGUCACAAGAUCCUCACAUCAAAACUGUCUAUACGGAACCAUUAUAAAAUACACACUGGAUUUGACGUGGUCUGUGAGCACUGCGGCAAGAAGUUCAUAACUCGACGUUUGUUACUGAUGCACUGUCGCGCGAAACACGGCUACGAGAAGACUGACAAGUGUUCCUACUGUGACUACAGGGCAUCCAAUGCUGAACAAGUUAAAAUCCACGAGCGCUUGCACACGGGCGAGCGGCCGUACGUGUGCAAGGAAUGCAACGCGGGCUUCCACCGCAAGAGCAGCUAUCUGCAGCACGUCGCCAUCCAUCUGCCAGAGAAGACCGUCCAGUGCGACCAAUGCUCGGCCCGGUUCAAGUCCGUGACUCUGAUGCGCAUCCACAAGAGCCGGCACCGGCCGCCGCAGUACUCGUUCAAGUGCCGCGUGUGCGACAACUCGUUCGCGCGCAGGCGCAACGUGGCGCGACACCUGCAGCGCAUACACGGCCUGCCGCCGGACCAGGAGCACAUAGACCGGCUGAAGAUCGCGUGAGGGAGCUGGAUAUGGACCAGCGUUGUACACUUGGACGGCUUUACUAUAUGUUUUUUUAGUGCUUUAAAUGACGAGAUGUGCUUGUCGUUCGCUUGAUGGUAAGCGAUAAGUCCAUAAACAGUAGAAACACCAUCUAACACUUGAACUACAAAGUUUUGUUUAAUAUUCCACUGCUCUCGCCAUCCUGAGACAUGAGAUGUUAAGUCUUAUUAUGUCCAGUAGUUACACUGGCUACAAUGUCCUUUAAACUGGAACACAACAGUGACUAUACACUGUUGCUUGGCGGCAGACAUAGACAUUGUGGUGGUACCUACCUACCCAGGCGGACUCUCACAUAUGAGAGACCUACCACCGGUUCCACUAUAUCAAUAUUUCCUAAAGAUUAUCCCUAACAUAGGCUAUUUGUAUCCGGCCUGAUAGCAACCAUAGUAGACAAGGUAAAACCCGCCAUAAUGAUCCAUGUAAGUGACACGUUUCAAGAUCAGUCUGUGUAUAUCCGAUUUAAACAGGCCGGCAUAAUUGUAGCGACUGGCGAGGGGUUAUCUCUCGUCAGUCGACACUAUUAGGACCCCAUUCCAAUUACCAUCAGUUUGCCAUGCUGAUGUAAAAAGAAACGCAGGUCGGUAUAAAUAUAAAAAAACAAUUUUUAUUAUGGUCCUAGGACCUCAUUGGACAUACUAUUAAAUACUGUGGUGGUAUGCCGUGCUGAUAAAAUAUAUGUAGCUCACGGUUAGUAAGAUUUUAGAUUUCACCGUUUUAAUAUAUACAAUUUGGUUUCACUCUGAAGUGCAAUAUCAUUUGAGACGCUGCCAAAUUGAGGUGGGUAGCUUAAGAUACUAUUUAUUUAAUAAAUCCAUAUUACUAUCAUAUCAAAUGUCCUCUUAAGUCUCGAUAUGUGACGAAUUUUGACAAUUGAGUUUUGUUCUACAGCGCCAAUUCUGUUGAGAAAAAGCUCUUAACAUUUUCAAGUGGAAUUAAUCGAAAUAUAGUCUCAUAAAUGAUAAUGUAAUGAAACAACUGCCAAGAUUUAUAGAGCUUCUUCCUACUGAAAAGCGAGAUAUCAACAAUUCCUUCAGUGUUUUAGAUAGGCUUGCUUCGUUGUAAGAAAAACAUUCUUUACUCUAUCCUGCGAGAAAAUCUCGUGUAACCCAGUCUUUAUAGACAUAAACCCUUCUGCUCAUAACAAAAUGCCUUAAACCUUAUUACCUCAUCCCUAUUGUGAAUUUGUGAAUAUUUUACAUCAAAAUCGUGGCAACCAAGCCUUUUGCCAGAAAAAAUAUAUAGGUUAGAAAUUAGUUUAUAGGUAAUUAAGUGAACACUCUGAUGUCACGAGCAUAUAGGCUAUGGUAAUAGCUUUUCUUCAGGCCAUAUGCUUGUUGAACUAGUAUAAUUAUUCGCCGAAAGUGUCAACUGGCCUCGUGGCAGAAAUGUAAAUAAAUAUCUAUCGACUUAUGAAGGAAGGCAUAUUUUCUUUCAUUCGGGUCAUUUUUGAUCAAAUUUAUAAAGUGUGUGAAGUAAAAUUUCUGUGUACCGCGACACCGCCCUGGUGGCCCACUUUAUUUAUAUAUGUUUGGUGUAAUCCGUGGCAGCUAUAUCGCUGGCUCUCUAUUACAAGGUUCUGUGUUAUAUUUGACGUGCAAAUUCAAUCAUGUCGAUUCUAAAUCUC